GAUGGGGAGGGAGUGUAAAUAGAGCGAAGGCGGCGCCGCAUCGGCUCCGCCACCUCCCGGCGACCUGCGAAGAGCCCCGGAGUAAGAUGGAAGAAAAUGAGCGAGAGCAGCGGCGCAGAAAAGUGGAGGCCGGGAGAGCGAAGCUUGCUCACUUCCGACAGAGAAAAACAAAAGGUGACUGUGCGCAUUCGAAGAAAACGCCGGCGAAGAGGAAGGGCGCGGCUGUCGAUGCGCCUGACCAGGAGGAGAGUCCGAUAGCUGCGGCCGAGGCCGGCGGACUCCUGGGAGGCCGGGACGUUGGCCAGAACACGUCGUGCAGCGACACCCCUGAUGGCGCAGGAGUCCCUCAGCUGCAGGAGCCCGGUGGAGCGGGGACGCCGCAGAAGCUGGACGGCGACGGUCCGGAGCAGCCUGGGGUAAUGACGAAGGAGCUGGAGCUGGAAGCGCUGCGCCUGAGCCUGAGCGACAUGCACGCGGCGCGGCUGGAGCUGACGCAGGCGCACCUGCAGCGCGAGAAGGAGGCGGCGCUGGCCGAGCUGCGUGCCGAGCUCGCCGGGCGGCACGCGCAGGAGCGGGCCCUGCUGCAGAGCCGCGCGCGCCGGGAGCUGGAGCUGGUCCGGGAGGAGGCAGCUGAGCUGAAGGAGAAGCUACAAUCAGAAAUGGAGAAAAAUGCCCAGAUGAUAGAGACCCUAAAGCAAGACUGGGAAUCCGAGAGAGACUUGUGCUUAGAAAACCUACGCCGAGAAUUAUCGGAAAGGCAUCAGUCAGAACUGGAGAAUUUACAAAACCAGUUUAAGAAAGAAUUGGCAGAACAGAAGGCUGAGUUGGAAAAGGUUUUUCAAGACAAAAAUCAGGCUGAACUUUCUCUUCAGACUCAGGAGGCUCAGCACGAGGUGGCCCUGGGCAGGUUAUGCGCGGACCUGCACUUGGAACACUGCCAGUACGUGGAAGACCUGGAGCUGAAAUUCAAAGAAAAGGAAAAGGAAAACCAGCUUGAGGAGAGCCUGGGGUUGCACACACAGCUAGAAGAAAACCACCAGCGCCAACUAGCAGCGGGGAAGUCCUCCCAGGAAGUCCAGCAGGAGGCGGGCCUCGCGGGGACCCAGGUGUUGGAAGGGGAGCAGCACGUGGGGCCUUCGGAAGAGCCCGGCCAAGAGCUCGCCCGGGUGCCCCUCCUGUGUGCACACAGCACGGCCUUGGAGGUGGCAGCCGGAGACUUGGGUCUGGAAACCAUGCACAAGGCUCAUCUCCUGCUUCUUCCGAGGGAGCUCAAGGAAGAAAUCGACGUCUUAAAAGUAGAAAAUAGAAAUUUACAUGAGAAAUUGCAGCAUGAAAUCCGCCUAAAAGAGGACUUGGAGAAAGUGAAAUGUACUUUAGUUGAAGCUCACCAGGAAGCACUGAAGAGUGCUAAGGAGAAGAUUGAGUUAAUGAAACGAGAACUCGGCGAGAGAGAGGCCGAGUGGAAAGCCACAAGUGAGGACCUGAGGAGAGGGGCUGAAGAGAGGCUGGCGCAGGGGCUCCUCGACCUGCGGGAGCAGGCUGAGUCCGAGAAGCUGUCCCUGAUGCACAGGUUUGAGCUGCGAGAAGCCGAAAUGAGGCAGCUUCAGGACCAGCAGGCGGCCCAGAUCCUGGACCUGGAGGGGUCGCUGGUGGAGCAGCAGGGCCGCCUGAGGCAGCUGGAGCUGGGGCUCUCGGGGGACGAGCCUCUGCAGUGCCACCGGUGUGGCCGGGAGCUGGGCGGCGGUCCGGCCCCCACGGACCGGGACCGCCUGAAGGAGGACUGUGCGCUCCAGCCGCAGCUGGCCCAGGACAGGUUCUUAGAAGAACGUCGAGAAAUCACAGGGAAACUCGCCGCAGAGCAAGACGCCUUCCUGCGGGAGGCCCGGGAGAAGCACGCCCGCGAGCUCCAGCUGCUUCAGGAGCGACACCAGCAGCACGUCCUGUCCUUGACGGCGGAGCUGGAGACCCGGCACCAGGCCGAGGUGGAUGCACUGAGGGCUUCUUUGGAGCGGGAGUGGUGGGCUCUCUCAGAAGCCCGCGUGGCUGAGCUGCAGACAAAACACGCUGCGGAGAUGAGUGCUUUGGAGAGCAGACACGCGUCACGCCUGGACGCUUUGGAGUCGCGUUACCUGUCUGAGGUGCAGACCUUGCGGGGCCUGGAGGAGCAGCUGCAGGAAGAGGACGCUUCUCACCACGUGGUCUUGACUCGGGUGUUAGAGAAGCUGAGGCUGAGACACGGUGAAGAGCCUCCGUCCACAGAGGACGGCCUGGCAGCGGGAGUGAGCACAGAGCACGUGGAGGGUGUGAGAGCCUCCCGGCUGCGCGGAGCUCGCCAGGGCACUUCGGUUCCUGCGGAGCUGGAAGAGGAGAAGGAGAAGCAGCGGCUCUGCUGUCAAGAGGAGAUUGAACUGCUGAAGUGUCAGUCAGAGGCGCUGCUGGAGCAGCAGGUCACACAGUUAAAGGGUGAAUUUGAAAGUGAAAAGAAAGCUGCUUUGCAUGAAAAAGAGGCGAUACAUAAACUUGAGCGUGAGCAGGCACAGUCUCUUUACCAAAAAGAGAAAGAGUCUUUGUCUCUGCAGCUUCAGGAGAAGAAUAACCAAAUUCUGCAGCUAAAAGACCAGAUUUUAUCCUUAAGUCGCGAGAUAGAAGAGCGCCAUUCCGAACUGGAGAGGCUUCAGCAAAGGCGGGAAAGGGAGAACCAGGAGGGCACAACUCUCAUCUCAAUGCUCAAGUCCGACAUCGACCUGUCCCACGGCGAGAGGAGAGCGCUCCGGGACGCCCUGAGGAGGCUGCUGGGUCUGUUUGGGGAGACGCUCAAGGCCGCCGUUGCCCUGAGGAGCCGCAUCGGCGAGCGCGUGGGGCUCUGCCUGGAGGACGAGAGCCCGCCUGCGGCCCCGGCACUGGACGAGGCGUGGCCUGGGCUCGACGCGGCCCUGCCGGAGCCGGACGGCGCGUCGCCCGAGCGUGCCGAGACGUCGUCAGUGGCCGAGAUUAGCAGUCACGUCUGUGAGAGCUUCUUCAUGAGCCCGGAAAGCACGCUGGAGUGUGAGCAGCCCGUCAGGAGGGUCUUCCGGAGCCUGGGCCUGGCGGUGGACGGCCUCCUGGAGAUGGUCCUGGACUCCACCAGGCAGCUGGAGGAAGCCCGUCAGAUUCAUUCUCGUCUUGAGAAGGAGUUCAGCUGUAAGAGCGAGGAGACGGCGCAGGUGGUGCGGAAGCACCAGGAGCUGCUGGAGCACCUGGACGCUGAGAGCGCGGCCAAGGCCCGGCUGGCGCUGGCGCUGCACACGGCGGAGGGCAUCGUCGAGGGCUUCACAGAGGAGAGGGCCGGCCUGCAGGAGGCGCUGGGCCGGAAGGAGGCGAGUGAGCAGGGCCUGGUGGCCGAGCUGGAGGGUCUGAGGCAGCAGCUGCAAUGCGCGGCCCGGCGGCAGGCGGAGCUGCAGGAGGAGAACUCCGUGCUGUGGAGCCAGAAGGAAGCCUUGGCUGUGGAAGCCGGAGAGAGGGAGGCCGCUCUUCGGAAGGAAGUGGAGUCUCUCGCCCAGGAGCGGUCGGAGACCCAGGAGCAGUCAGAGAAGGACCGUUCGGCUCUGCUCUCCCAGAUGAGGCUUCUAGAGGCCGAGCUGGAGGAGCAGCUCUCUCGGCAGCAGGCGUGCAUGCGGCAGGCCGAGGAGCUCUCCGCCCUGCGGCAGCAGAUGGGCUCCCUGGACCAGCACCUGCGCCGCCAGCGCCAGUUCAUGGAUGCGCAGGCGGUGGAGCGGGAGCGCGAGCGCGAGGACUUCCAGCAGGAGAUCCGGAGGCUGGAGGAGCAGCUCCGCCAGGCGGCCCGGCCGCGCCCGCCGGGUCCCCGCGACACCGACAUUGAAUUGUUAGAAGAAAAAUUGAGAGAAAAAUCAGAUGGACUUAAUGAACUGAUUAUAAAGAAAGAGUUGGCAGAUAGACAAGUAUUAAUCCAGGAAGAGGAGAUUAAACGUCUGCAGGAGACGAACGCCAGCACCACAAGAAAACUGAUGCAGCUCCAGGGAGAACUGGAGAGACAGCGGAAAGCUGCGAGGGACCUGGAGCAGGACAAAGAGGCAUUACAGGAGCAGCAGAUGAGUAACUUGCUCCUGGUGUCCACACUGCAGUCUACACUGGAUGAGGGCAAAUGCCUGGGGUCACCUGCGGGCAGCCGUCCUGACGAUCCCGAAGUCCAGCUGGAGGCGAGGCACAGGGUGCUCCUGCAGCGUGAGGACGAGGUUGUGUAUAACAGAAGUUCUGAAAUUGAAGAGCUGAAAUCCAUUAUUGAGAAUUUGCGAGAGAACCAAGAGAGGUUACAGAAGGAUAAAGCACAGGAGAUUGAACAGCUCCAUGAGGUCAUCGAGAAACUGCAGAGGGAGCUCCCGCUUGGGGGACCCGCAGCGCCCCAGGCCGGUGACGGCAGAGCCGCCAGCCUUCAGAGCGAGCUGCUGGGCCUCCCGGCCGGAGGCGCCAAGGCCUGCGUGGAGCCGGAGGGCGAGCUGCGUGCCGCCCUCGAGGCCAAGGAGGCCCUGAGCCGGCUGCUGGCCGAGCAGGAGCGCGGGCACGGCCAGGCCCUCGAGGCCCUCCAGCAGCGCCUGCAGGCCGCAGAGGAGGUGGCCGUGCGGCAGCUGGCCGCGUCGGGGCCCCGCGCCGCCCUCAGGGAGGCCGAGGUCCAGGCCCUGGCCUCCCAGAUCCGCGAGUUCGAAGCUGCCCUGCGAGCCAAGGAGGCGAAGAUCGCAGAGAGAGAGUUAGAAAUCGACGCUCUGCACCGGCAGAAGUCAGCCCACUCUGCCGAGCUGGAGGCCAUCCUGGCGGCCGUGGCCCGCUUCCGCUGCGCCCUAGAGCAGCAGCUCCUGGCGGCCUCUGGGGAGCCCCCCGAGCUGCAGCGGCUCCGGGCGCAGUGUGUCCGCCUCGGCUGCCAGCUGCAGGCGCUCAACCAGCGCUUCCUGAGGUGCCAGAAGGAGCCGGACGAGCGGCAGGCGCCCGGGGCCCACGUGGCAGGCAGCUCCCGGGGGCGGGUGUCCCGGGGUGAAGAGGCCUCCUGCCACGAAGAGGCGGAACAGGAUGUGUGUGGCAGGCGGCUGGCUGAGGCCCCCCACGGCCAUGACGGUAACCCACAGAGCCCUGUUAAGGAGGAUCCGCAGCUGGCCAAAGCCCUGCCGACGUUGACCCGCGCAGAUCUCAGCCAGCAGGACAGCGUGAUGUCGGUGCUUGCGGUCUGCCAGCGGCAACUGGAGUCUGAGCUGCUCUUAGUGAAAAAGGAAAUGUGCCUGCCUGCAGAGAAUGGAGUGUCGGGAGCAGCGAAGGAUAAGGAAAAACUACUGGAAGAUUGUCAGCUGCGGAAAGUUGAUCUCAUAGAUCAGGUGAAACAACUUCAAGAAAAACUGAACCAUCUGGUACAUUGCAUGAGCUUCCAAAACGUCAGGACAGAGGACUUUAAAUUUCAACAGGCAUUGGAAUCUCCACAUGUUAUAGAAAAUAAUGCGAGUGAUAGUUCCAGUAACAGUGAAGAAACUGACAGAUCAUCUCCUGUUGAUGCAUUUAAUGUCACAUGGGAUCUAGUUGACAUUACUGGAAAUCAGGAUUCGUUGAUACGAAACGAGGUGCCAGAUACUCCCACAGGAGAGCAGGUUGCUUUGCAAGACAGGUCACUCUGCUCACAGGGGAGCUUGUACGGGUGCUCCCGUGACCUCUCCCACACCCAGGGGACCAAGCCCUUGAAGAACGUGCUCAGGACGAUGGACCUGUCCUCCUGGAGCUCCCCCGAGGUCGUCAGGAAGGACUCAAUCUCUGAGCACCCCCCCAGCCUGCCCCUCACACCCUGCUCAGAUGCCCUGAGCCAGCGCAGCCUGGACACCUCCCUGUGGGACGGGACGAGCACCCAGCUGCUCCAGGCUGACCAGAUGGGGCUGCUGUGUUACCCGGGCGAGUCAGCGGCAGGAACGGCCCCUAAGUGGGCGAGGUCUCCGUUAGCUGCAGACGGGGCCCCCUCCACCGACCACCAUGCUCAGCGGGUGCCUGUGGAGAAAGAUGUUGAAGAUUUUAUCAUAACGUCUCUUGAUUCUCAAGAAAAGUCAAGAUCACCUCCUCUUGGGUUAGAAGGAAAAAGCGAUGGAAAAAGUGAUGGCGUGGGGUUUGGAGAGACACUAAGCCAAGGCUCGGGAAGACCGGGAGCGCCCACUGCUGGUCCCGCAGCGCCUCUCAGCCCCCGGGGUUUCCGACGGCCGCUGGGCGCCAUGAAGGAGAAAGAAGUCCAUCCGAAGCAAGUGAAGGCUUUGCUGCAGAUGGUGUGUGACGAGAGCCACCACAUCCUGGCCCUGUCCGAAUACCGUGGACCCCCAAGCAUCCUGAGCAGGGGCGAGCCCAGCACCCGCCUCGAGUGCCUCGCGAUGGGGGGCCAGGGCCUGCUGGAGGCAGCACCAGCUCCCAGGGAGCAUCCCACCCCAGGACCCCCGAAGGGGGAGAAGGAACCUUCCAAUGUGGGUCUCGACUGGAGAGGGGAAUUUCUGCAGAUCGUGCAAGAGGCCUUUGAAAAGGAACGGGAGAUACUGAGAGUCGAGCUGCGGCCCCGGCCCUGUGGCUCAGGCCCUGGGGGCUGCGGCUCCCUGUUGGAGAGGCUGGAGAAGGUGGUCCAGGAGCAGGGGGACCUGCAGGAGAAGUCCUUGGAGCACCUUCGCCUGUCGGACAGGAGUAGCCUGCUGUCCGAGAUCCAGGCUUUGCGUGGCCAGCUGCGGAUGACGCACCUGCAGAACCAGGAGAAGCUGCAGCAGCUGUGCGUGGCGCUGACCAGCGCGGAGGCCCGCGGGAGCCGCCAAGAGCACCAGCUGCGGAGGCAGGUUGAGUUAUUGGCAUAUAAGGUUGAGCAGGAAAAAGGUAUAGUAAGCGACCUGCAGAAAACCCUGAACGAAGAGCAGGAGAAAGCAAAUGACGUCCGGAAGCUGCUGGUGGUGGAACAGAACACAGUCAGAGAUCUGAAAUCUGAGCUCUGCGAGUGUAGACAGGACAACGAGCGGCUGCUGAAGUCCCUCAACGAGGUGCAGAAGGAGGUCCUUCAGCUGAGGUCGGUGCUGGACAGCAAGGAGGAUGACCUGCAGGCCGCGCUGCAGCAGCUGGAGGGCGAGUGCACCAAGGAGCGGGCCCUGCAGAGCCGGCUGGAGGAGGAGCGGCUGCAGCACCUGCAGAGGGAGGGCCAGAGCACCAAGACCCUGGAGGAGUUAAGGGCGUCUUUGGAGAAGCAGUGCGCUCAGAGUAACCAGCUGUGCGUGGCGCUAAAACAUGAGCAGACGGCGAAGGACAACCUCCGGAAGGAGCUGCAGAUCGAGGCCUCGCGCUGCGAGGCGCUGCUGGCGCAGGAGCGUGGCCACCUCUCAGAGCUGCAGCGGAGCCUGGAGGCCGAGCAGGGCCGCUCCCGCGAGCUCUCGGAGGCCCUGCGGCACGAGCGCCUGCUCACGGAGCGGCUGAGCCGGCGGCCGCAGGACAAGCAGGCGCAUCCGGCUCUGCUGCAGAAGCUCAGGGGCUGCGAGGCCCGCGUGCUGGAGCUGGAGGUGGCGCUGGAGGCCGCGCGGCAGCGAGCCCUGGAGGCUGAGGCCCAUGUGCACCGCCAGGAGGUGGAGAGGGAGCAGGAGGUAAGUGCGGCGCCGAGGCCACCCGUGGAGACCCCGCCGAGAGCGCGGGAGAGGUUAGAGCAGCCAGGACGCGAGGACGCGAGGAUGGCAGCACAGCCGAGGCCGAGCCAGGCGGACGCGGAGGAGUGGAGCAGGUGGCAGAGAGACAAGGAGACGCUGCGGGAGUUAGAGCUGCGGCGCCAGCGGGAUGCGCACAAGAUGCAGCAGCUCCAGCGGACGGUGAGGGAGCUGCAGGCGAGGGAGGCCGUGCGCCCCCGCCCGGAGCCAUAUUCGCAGCCCGAGCGCCCCCGGCAGCAGCAGCGGGGCCUGGAGAAGGUGCGGCAGCGGCUGCUCUGUGCUGCGGGGCUGCUGACCAGCUUCAUCAACCAGACGGUGGACAGGACCAUCAGCGAUUGGACGUCGUCCAACGAGAAGGCAGUGGCGUCCUUGCUUCACACGCUGGAGACGCUCAAGUCUGAAUUGGGCGCGUCCAGCUCCUGUCGGAAGAAAACGACGGUGGAGCUGCAGGUCGAGCUGGUGGACGUCCUGCUGAAGGACAACGAGUCCCUGAGCAGAGCGCUCAGCGCGGUGACGCGGGAGAGGGCGGAGCUGUGCAGGGCCGUGUCCCGGCUGGAGAGGACGCCCCGGGCCCCGAGGGCCCCGCCGGAGGGCUGCGCGCGCAGGAGGUCGGACAGGUCUGCAUGGAGGCAGGACAGGAUGGUCUCGCCGGGCUCAGCGCGACACCCAGACCCAGCACUGCCUGCGCCGGAGGCUGGCGCCUGCAAUGCCAAGAUGGAAAAAUUGUACCUGCAUUAUCUGAGAGCAGAGAGCUUUAGAAAAGCCCUGAUUUAUCAAAAGAAGUAUCUUUUGCUGUUGAUUGGUGGAUUCCAGGACUCUGAACAAGAAACACUCUCCAUGAUCGCCCACUUGGGAGUAUUUCCUUCCAAGGCAGAUAAGAAAGCGGUGGCGGCACGCCCUUUUACGAAAUUCCGCACUGCCGUCAGGGUGGUGAUCGCUGUCUUAAGGUUACGCUUUUUGGUUAAGAAAUGGCAACAAGUAGAUUGCAGAGGAGCCCUAGCGCCGGGCCGAGCACUGCACCCAGGAUUCCUGGUGCCACGGCGGCAGCAGUCUCCACCCAACACCCGCGAAUCCCCACCAACCCGGGACAUGUCUUCCAGCCACGCCAGGGGCCCUGUGCCAAAAGCGUCCCCACGCAGGAGGGAAAGAUCCAAUCCAUCCCCAAAUCCCAGAUCAGAAAGAUCCCUGACUGCUUCUCAAGAUCCGGAACAUUCCUUGACGGAAUACAUUCACCAUUUAGAAAUGAUCCAGCAAAGACUGGGAGACGUACCACCAGAUUCUACUUCAGAGAAGUCCUCUUGCCAGAAGAGUAAGCAGUGAAUAAAGUCCUGUGACAAUUGUAUUUGAGGAAGAGGUUUGAUUUCCUGUGGGAGCUUGUGAUGUGGUGGGUGUGCUGAGUGGUGCUGAGCGCCAGCCCCGGUGUCGUCAGUUAGAUGCUCUCGCCCUUACGCUUUGCUGCAAAGCCAAGUGGAGUAUUUUCUAUGUGAUUUCAGCACAUCUUAGCUUCUUACCUUGAUGAGGUAGCUGUGCGCUCAUGAGUGACGGGCAUCUGCCCGCUUCUCCGUUGGUCGAGCCUCCCUGCCCACCCACGAAGGGUAAGCAGAGGAUGGCUUCCUGUUGUUUAUUUUCUUAAAGUGUACAGCUGGAAACUUGGUUUAAAACAAAAACACACAAAAAACCAAAAAGAAUAAAAUUAAAGCCCUGGUGUGUUUGUGA